CAUUAUCUUCAUCCACCGGAGUGGAGGCUGGAAUGACGGAUGCAGCCAUGGAAGAAGACCGACCCUCCUCUGGAUUUACGUCGGUGGAUCUCGUGUAAGUUUAGAGGGAAGCCGCUGCGUGAGUCUCCCCUCUUUACUUUCGCCGUCCCCCUCCUCCUGCUCCUCCGCUGGACCAAAUUUAUAAAGAACAAAAAAUUCGCCGAGGGAGGGAGGGGGGUUGAUUAUACGCCGAGGCUGAAAUCGAGAAGCGAAUCCAGGGAAAGAGGAGUACAUCGUACACGGGACUUUCCCCCUCUUAGUCCCCCAAAAGGAGGGGGAAAAGUCGCAUUAAAUCGAAAAGAGACGGGAUGGUUUUCUAAGGGCGUGAAAGCGUCUGCAAUUGUGGAUACUUUACAUAUUUUUAUUUCGAAAAAAUAUGGCCGAGAACGUUCUGGACUCUGGCCCGCCUUCAGCCAAGAGGCCUAAACUCUCAUCUCCGGCACUUUCCGCAUCUGCCAGCGAUGGAAAUGAUUUUGGCUCAUUCUUCGACCUGGAGCAUGAUCUACCAGAUGAGCUCAUCAGCUCAAAUGAAUCAGGUCUGCUUAAUGGUGGCGACCUAAACCAGUUGCACACAUCGCUGGGAGGAGUCACUGGAAGUCUGAGUCCUGGAGCUGGCAGUGGAGGUGCUGCAGCUAUGGGUCUUGGUCUGGGCCCGGGUGGAGGUCCGGUGGGCGUCAGUGGAGGCCAGGACGCUGUUGCUAAGCACAAACAGCUUUCUGAACUCUUGCGGUCAGGGGGACCUUCAUCAACACCACAGGGGCAUCAAGGUGCUAUGGGCAGCCCAGGAGGCUCAGCAGGUAUUGGCCAACACUUAGCAAACCUGAAAGCCCUGCCUGGGCAGAGUCCUCAGCAGAUGAUGGGUCAGGGACAGCCACAGCACCUCUCCCCUCAGCAGCAGACCAACUUGAUGCAGCAGAACCCUGCGGCUGGAAUGAUGGGCGGCAUGAACAGAGCCAUGAUGGGAGCACAGCAGAAAGGAAAUAAUGGGCAGCAGCAGCCUGGUAUGAUGGGGAGCCAGGUGAUGAAUGGUUCACCCAGGAUGGGAUUUGGGAACCAGGGCCUUGGCGGCAACACCAACUUGUUGGCUGAGACCUUACAACAGCAGGCAGGCGGGACCCAGGCUGGGAUGAGAGGCCAGCAACCUGGAGCCAUGAGCAAGAUGGGCAUGAUGGGGAACCCUGGUAUGCCCUUUGGGGGUCCGUUCACAGGGCAGGCAAAUCCAGGACUAGGAGGAACGGGGCUUGGUCCACAGCACCAGAACAAAGGUCCUAUGACCAACAGCCUCGCCCAGUUUAACGUGGAUAAGAAGAACCAGCCAAUGCAAGGAUUGGCUCCCAUGGGCUCCCAGCAGCCGCAGACAGGAGGCAGUGGUCCUACUGGGGUUCUUGCAGGUGGUACACCUGGUAUUGUUUCCAAUGCUCCAGCUGGCCUUGUAGGACCUGGUGGCCAGAUUUCUGCAGUAGCAUCAGCAGCGGCGGGAGCACCACCCACUGCCGAUCCUGAGAAGCGCAAAUUGAUCCAGCAACAACUGGUACUUUUGCUCCAUGCUCACAAGUGCCAGCGGCGGGAGCAGGCAAAUGGUGAAGUCAGGCAGUGCAACCUACCACAUUGUCGAACCAUGAAGAACGUCCUUAACCACAUGACGCAUUGUCAGGCCGGCAAGUCCUGCCAGGUGGCACAUUGUGCAUCGUCCAGACAGAUCAUCUCCCACUGGAAGAACUGUACACGACAUGACUGUCCUGUAUGUCUGCCACUGAAGAACGCUGGGGACAAGAGGAACCCACAGUGUGAGUCCUUAUUGAGUGGAGCAGCAGCGGGUCUAAGCAACUCACUAAGAGGAGGACCUGGGGCUCCCUCAAGCGCUCCGAAUCUCAACCCGACCAGCCAGAUUGACCCGAGCUCCAUUGAACGAGCGUAUGCAGCACUAGGCCUCACGUACCAGGGAAACCAGAUCCAGCCCCAGACGAAUAUGCCCAACCAAGGGCUACAAGGCCAGCCGGGCAUGAGGCCUAUGGGUCCAAAUCCAUUGGGUGUGAAUGGCGGUGUAGGCGCAGCAUCUCAGAGUCAGCAAGCCAGUCUUCUACAGGAUACCAUGAUGCACCUCAAUGUUAACAGCCAAGGACUAAUGAACGAUGCUGGGGGAGUAGGGUCGAUGCCCACCGCCGCCCCACCCUCGGCUGCGGGGAUGAGGAAGAGCUGGCAUGAGGACAUAACUCAGGACCUGCGGAACCAUUUGGUACACAAACUUGUCCAAGCCAUCUUCCCAACACCUGAUCCUGCCGCUUUGAAGGACCGUCGAAUGGAGAACUUGGUGGCAUAUGCCAGAAAAGUUGAGGGAGACAUGUAUGAAUCUGCCAACAACAGAGCUGAGUAUUAUCAUCUGCUGGCAGAGAAGAUCUAUAAAAUCCAGAAGGAGCUGGAGGAGAAAAGGAGGACCCGGUUGCAGAAGCAGGGUCUUGGGCUUGGACCUGCUGGUAUGGGACAGCCACCAACUGGACUUCCACCCAAUGGUCCACUACCUGAUCCUUCAAUGGUGCGACACACUGGGCCAAAUUCGAUGGUCAACAGACUCCAAAACCCUGCCAUGAAUCAGUUCAAUCAGUUGGGGAUGCAGUCAAUGAGCCAAAGGUCCACACCUCCUCUCCCCUCGAGCAAUCAGAUGGGAAUGAUUGGUCCGAGAAUGGGGCAGUCAAAUGUGAACCAGCUGCAGAAUCAGUAUCUGUCCCAGGGACAGUUUCCAGGUACAGGACCACCAGCUGGAGCACCGCAACCUGGACUGUCCCAGCCUGGAUCACAGGGAAACAUUGCUCAGACGCAAAUUGGCACUCCUCCUUCUCUCCCGGUUGCUAGUCCAAUGGCACAGUCAAAUUCAGUUGGUGGUCCUGGUGGACUCUCUGCAGUGGGGUCAAUGGGUCCUCAGAGUGUGAGUGGCCCAAACUCUGUCGGUGCUCCUGUUUCCUCCAUCACUCCAUCAAAUGCAAAUCAGCAGCCCAACUCCUUGCAACAUUUGGGUGCUAUGCGUGGCAGCUCCCCCUCCCCUGCUCACAGUAGAUCACCCACACCCCACCAGACACCACCAAGACUUGCGGGAUCCCAAACCCCUCAGCCACACACACCUACUGCAGCCCAGCUUGUACCACCUCAAGCACAGCAGCAGUUACAGCUCAACCAGGGUCCGGGUUCUAAUAAGCCUACCCAGCAGCCACACAUCGGGCCUCCAGGAUCCACCACUCCAUCUCACACUGGACUGGGAUCUAGUUCAACACCACAUGGUGCUCAACUGCCCCUCACUCCGCUGUCCCAGAAGGGCUCAUUUCAAGCGGAGAACCAGGCCCUCACCCCUGCAUCUGUCAGCAGCCUGGACACUUCCUCUCAGCAGCCUCAGUCGGAGACCUCAACCACACACCUUGACUCCAAAAUGGAGGUGAAACAACAGGACGAGGAAGAAGAGAGUGACACUGGAAGCUGCUCCAAAGGAGGAAAACUCGGCAAACUAAAAACGGAGGAAAAACCGAUCAAGCCUGAAUGUAAGAAAGAAGAGUGCGCUGGUGAAGGAGGGAAAGGAGUUCCCAUGGACACAACAACGCAAGUAGGUGCAGUCAAGUCAGAAGACAAGAAACCUGAAGUGAAGAAGGAGGUGAAAGAGGAAGAUGAGCAGUCGGAGGGAAAUGUAGCACAGGCGCCAAUGAAGAAGAAAAUUUUCAAACCAGAGGAGCUUAGGCAGGCGUUGAUGCCAACACUGGAGUCGCUCUACAGACAAGAUCCAGAGUCGCUACCUUUCAGGAUGCCAGUUGACCCUCAGCUGCUGUGCAUACCUGACUACUUUGACAUUGUGAAGAACCCCAUGGACUUGUCCACUAUUAAGAGAAAACUUGACACUGGUCAGUACCAGGAUCCCUGGCAGUACGUGGAUGAUAUCUGGCUGAUGUUCAACAAUGCCUGGCUGUAUAACCGUAAAACCUCUCGAGUUUACAAGUACUGCUCCAAACUGGCCGAGGUGUUUGAGCAGGAGAUAGACCCAGUCAUGCAGAGCCUUGGCUACUGUUGCGGCAGGAAGCUGGAGUUCUCUCCUCAGACAUUAUGCUGCUAUGGAAAGCAGCUGUGCACUAUCCCCCGAGACGCUGCUUACUUCAGCUACCAGAACAGGUACCACUUCUGCGAGAAGUGUUUCAACGAGAUCCAGGGAGAGACGGUUUCCCUGGGUGAUGACCCAACGCAGCCUCAAACCUCAAUUAACAAAGAUCAGUUUGAAAAGAAAAAGAAUGACACACUGGACCCUGAGCUGCUAGUUGAAUGUUUGGACUGUGGACGCAGGAUGCAUCAGAUUUGUGUCCUGCACAAUGAUACGAUCUGGCCAUCGGGGUUUGUGUGUGAUGGCUGUUUAAAGAAGACUAAUAAGACACGGAAAGAAAACAAGUAUUCAGCAAAAAGAUUGCCACCAACCAGGUUGGGCUCUUACCUAGAGACGAGGGUGAACGACUAUCUGAAGCGUCAGAACAAUCCAGAGGCUGGAGAGGUUUUCAUCCGUGUAGUGCAUGUUUCUGACAAAGUGGUGGAGGUCAAGCCAGGAAUGAAGUCUAGAUUUGUGGACAGUGGAGAGAUGUCUGAGUCUUUUCCAUACAGAACAAAAGCUCUCUUUGCAUUCGAGGAUAUCGAUGGAGCUGACGUCUGCUUCUUUGGAAUGCAUGUUCAAGAGUAUGGAUCCGACUGCCCUCAACCUAACCAGAGGAGAGUUUACAUAUCCUAUCUGGACAGUGUGCACUUUUUCCGACCAAGAAUCCUGAGAACAGCAGUUUAUCAUGAAAUUCUCUUGGGCUACUUGGAGUAUGUUAGGAGAUUGGGGUACACGACUGGUCACAUCUGGGCCUGCCCACCUAGUGAAGGAGAUGAUUACAUCUUCCAUUGUCACCCUGCUGAUCAGAAGAUCCCAAAGCCCAAACGCCUGCAGGAGUGGUACAAGAAGAUGCUAGACAAAGCUGUGGCAGAGCGGAUAGUGCAUGAUUACAAGGACAUAUUCAAGCAGGCGACAGAGGAUCGUUUGACCAGUGCUAAAGAGCUGCCGUACUUUGAGGGAGACUUCUGGCCUAAUGUCCUGGAGGAGAGCAUCAAAGAGCUGGAGCAGGAGGAAGAAGAGAGGAAACGGGAGGAGAACAGCACUUCGAACGAGAGUAUUGACGAUCAGAAAGGUGACAGUAAGAACGCCAAAAAGAAGAACAAUAAGAAGACAAGUAAGAACAAGAGCAGUCUGAGCCGAGCCAAUAAAAAGAAGCCAGGGAUGCCCAAUGUCUCCAAUGACUUAUCGCAGAAGCUUUACGCAACCAUGGAAAAACACAAAGAGGUUUUCUUCGUAAUAAGGCUGAUCGCAGGGCCUAUGGCCAAUGCCUUGCCACCAAUUGUCGACCCUGAUCCUUUAAUGGCAUGUGAUCUCAUGGACGGGCGGGAUGCCUUUCUCACGUUGGCCCGGGACAAGCACUUAGAAUUCAGCUCGCUGAGGAGGUCCAAAUGGAGCUCUAUGUGCAUGCUGGUGGAGCUGCACAACCAAAGUCAGGAUCGCUUUGUUUACACUUGCAAUCUUUGCAAACAUCAUGUGGAAACACGCUUCCACUGCACUGUCUGUGAGGACUAUGACCUCUGCAUCUCGUGCUACAACACAAAGGGUCACGAGCACAGGAUGGAGAAGUUAGGCCUCGGACUUGAUGAUGAGAGCAACAGCCAGGCCUCAGCUACCACUCAGAGCCCUGGAGACUCUCGGCGCCUCAGCAUCCAGCGCUGCAUCCAGUCCCUUGUCCACGCGUGUCAGUGUCGAAAUGCAAACUGUUCACUGCCGUCCUGCCAGAAGAUGAAACGAGUGGUUCAGCAUACUAAAAGCUGCAAAAGGAAGACAAACGGCGGCUGCCCCAUCUGCAAACAGCUCAUCGCACUGUGUUGCUACCAUGCUAAACACUGUCAGGAGAACAAGUGCCCAGUCCCGUUCUGUCUGAACAUCAAGCACAAGCUCCGUCAGCAGCAGCUGCAGCAUCGGUUGCAACAUGCUCAGAUGCUCAGACGACGAAUGGCCAGCAUGCAGAGAGCUGGCAAACCUGGGGGAGGUCCAGGCGGGAAUGGCUUGCCCUCGCCAGUGCCCAACAAUGGUGGCCCUGGGACACCAACAUCUGCAGGUACACAGCCACCCACACCACAGACACCCACACAGGGGAACUUGCCUGCUCUUCCCCAGCAGCAGGUUGUUGGCAUGGGGGGCUUGGGCGCUCCUGGACAACAGCAACAGCCAGGUGGAACCAUGGCUUCUCAGCAUCACCUCCAUCACCAGUUUCAGUCAAUGGGUGGUGGAGGGGGUAUGAUCAACUCCCCUCAGCAACAGAUGGUUUCCCAGCUCCAGCAGCAGCCCCCCAAUGUCCAACAAAUCCAGCAGCCACAGCAACACCCUGGUGGUUUGCCCCCUUACAAUCCUCGACCUCCUGGGGCUUCUCCCAUCCACCAGUCCAUGGGAAAACCUGGACUUGGCCCUGCCACUCCACCACAGCAGCAGCAACAACCCAACCAGAACCAAGGGCCAAUGCCUGCACCUGGACAGCAGCAAGGACCCCCUUUGGCUGCAGUAGAGACUGCUCUGAAAAUCCAGCGCCUGGCUGAAACCCAGAGACAAAUGGCUCAGGCUCAAGCCCAGAUUCGUGGGUUAGGCCAGGGACCCAUGAUGCCCUCUCACCCUCAUCACCAAAACACCCCAGGCCAAAUGGGAAUGCAUCACAUGGGGGCCCAGGGCAUCCCCCCUCAGGCUCAGGGGGUCGUAGGCAGGGCUAUGUUAGAUCCUCAGCAACAGGGAAUGCUGGCUGGGAUGCAGCCAGGUGCCCCCCAGUCUCAGUUACCACCGCAGGUUCAACAGCAUCUCCAGUCAGGAGCUGGUGGACAAAUUGGCCAAGGAAAUCCACAGUGGGGGGCUGGAGGUCCUGCACUAAACCCACAACAGAGGGCAGGCAUGAUGGGUCACAUGGCAUCACCGUCAGUAGUUGCACAACAGCAGCAAAUGAAUCCGCAACAGCCACAGCCAGGAAACAGGGCACUGAUGCAAGUGAUGGGUGUUUCUGGGGCGGGACCGGGCGCGCCCCCUGCUAUGCCAGGUGCUGGUGGACCAGGAAACCUGCCACAGGCUGCACUGCAAGACCUUCUGCGGACACUUCGCUCCCCAAGCUCGCCACUUCAGCAGCAACAAGUCUUGAGUAUUCUUCGAUCCAACCCAACUCUUAUGGCUGCUUUCAUCAGGCAGAGAGCUGCUCGAUAUCAAGGUGUCCAAGGAGGUCAGGGGGGUCCCGUUGUUCCAGGUGGACCACCACAAGGUCCCGGAGCUGUUAGGUUUCCAGGGCCUAAUGGGGGUGCAACUCCUAUGGGGGGUCCUGGUGUUAAUCAGCUGGCUAAUAUGGAUGGGCAGCAGCAGGUGCCAGUGAACCAAGCUGGCCAGUCGGUGCAUAGCAUGGGUCAGGGUGGCACUACUGGAGGAAACAUGCCCACCAUGGCUCAGCUGCAGCAGCUGCAACAGCGUCCAAUGUUGCCUGGAAAUUUACAGCAGCAACAAAUGGCUGCCCUACAACAACAACAACAACAACAACAACAGCAGCAGCCGCAGCAGGGAGCAAUGCAACCAGGGCAACAGAGCAACAUGUCCAAUAUGAGUCCACAAUUCAGGGAUCUGAUGAGAAGACAUCUGCAGCAGCAGCAACAGCUCCAGCAACAGCAACAACAACAACAACAACAGCAGCAGCAGCAACAACAACAGCAACAACAAAUGGGGAACCAUGGACAGUUCCAACAGCCUCAAGGGCUGCAACCACAGAACCAACAGGGCUUCAUGCAGGCUGGUCAGGGGCCACAAGGAACAACUUCCCAGCCACAGUCGGCAACUGGAGUUGGGGGUGCGCAGCCACAGCAAGGGGGGCCACAAGCUGCACCAGGACAACAACCAGGGUACCAGGGCUCUGUGUCCCACGUAGCUGCUGCCCUUCAGCAAAGGUUACACCAGAUGCAGAUGCAGCAGCAGCAACAACAGCAACAGCAAAAUUCAAUGGGGGGGCUUCAAGGGCAAGAUGGCGUACCAGGUGCUGGAGCGGCAGGACCAGGUGGACCACAGCACCAGCCUGGACAAGGUGGACCUGCUCAGGUCCAGCAGCAGCAGCCGCAGACUACUCUGGGUGGUGGGGUCGGUGGACCUCAAAUGCCUCAGUCAACCCAAAGCAUCCUUCACCAGAACAUCCAUCAGAGGCUCCUGCAGCAGCAGCAGCAGCAGCAGCAGCAACAACAACAGCAGCAGCACCUUGGUGGGGGCUCUCCAGCCCAGCACAGCAGCCCCAUGAGCCCUCAACAGCCGUUGGCACAGUCGCCUCAUCUCCAGGGUCAAGGUGGACUUGGUCCUGCAGGUCCACUCAGCAGUCAGGUCAGGUCACCCCAACCAUCUCCACGGCCACAAUCGCAGCCUCCUCGUUCCAGCCCCUCCCCCCGCAUGCAGCCCUCCUCCCAACCUCAGCCCCAGCCUUCCCCUCAUCGCAUCUCCCCCCAAACUCAGACAGGAUCUCCUCACCCGGGCCACAUGGGCCAACACCACCCCAGUAUGGCACCACCUCAACCACCACAACCGCAGACAAUACCACAGCAGCAGCAGGCUGGUUCUGUGGAUCCCAGCCAGUUCAGCGCAGACCAGAACGCCAUCUUGUCUCAGCUAAGCGGAAUGACGGCUAUGCAUGGAGGCCAGGGGGCGCCGUCAGACAUGCUGGGAGGUAACAACAACAACAACAACAAUAAUAACAACAACAACAACAACCAGGAGUUAUCGACGAACAUUAACCACAGUUUGGACAUCAUGUAGCCUUGACUCCACACUGUUUGCCUAUUUGAACAGUCGUGGCUCACGUCAAACUGCCAUGGAGGGGAGAACGCUAAUCUGGAUUACAGAUUUUGGGUUUAGAGGUUAUUAUUUUGUAUUUAAAUAUUUUUGUGAUGUAUAACUAUAAAGUGAAGCUUCCUAUGGGAGACACAAAUAAUAGUUGAUAAAUGGAUAAAUUAAGACAAUGGUAAGUUAUUGCUGUUAAUAUAUAAAUAUAUCUAUAUAUUUUUGCCAUUUCUGUAAAAAAGGGUGAAAGGGCAACAAUUCAGGUUGAAGAUAUUUCUUUCUUAAUCUAUGAAUAUUUUUAGGGACUGAGGAUUUUUGCCUUUUUAUGAAAAUAUUAAGAUUUUAAAUGUGGCAAACAUAGUACAGAAAAUGUGACUUUUUCUUUUUCAACGAUAUCCAGUGAUGAUUGUAUCUAUUUUGCAGAGAAUAUGUUGGAAUUUUGAAAAAUUUUUUUUGUAAUUCUUGUGUCAAUCAUAAAGCAUCAGCAUGUUCGAUGAUCAUUGAAGGUUUUUUUUUUUACACUUACCAGUGACUAGAGGUAAUCGCGUUCAGCAAUGACUUGCUUGGUUUGUAUUUAAACCAAACAGUAUUUGGUGGAACGGACUGCAGAUUCUGUUUAUACUAGUUUUACAACAUCCAGAUUGACUUCACAGGCAAAACCUUCGCCUGUAUUACAUUGUGUACAUGUCAGACGUGUACUUGCCCCUUGCUUUCAGCUGACGGAGAUUAAGUGUGUACAUACGCCGUUUUUGUCCAUGAACUGUGACAUUGAGCCUUCCAUGCCUGUGUCCUUCCUCGACCAUCCUUCCUUUUCCCCCUCCUUUCUUGCCACAUUCUUUCUUUUAGUCAUAUCGUACUGUACAUAAUGAGAAGCGUCACUUGUAUUUUGAAGAUGUAAAAUAUCUGUACAUAGAAAACCUUCUGAGCAGAGAGGAGUUAUUUUCUGCUUGUUUUACUUGAUGUAUGUUUUGAAGACUUGUUGAUGCUGUAUAAAAACAUACCUAGAGCUACUGUACAGUGUUGUUUGUUUUCUAAAGGUACAGUAUGAGGUGUAGAAAGGUCAUGAGCACCAACGCGCCUUUUUCCUGUGUAUUUUUUGAAAGGGUUUUAGGGAAAUGGGCGGGGACUCUAACAAAUCACACACACCUGAACAGGUUAAUGAGGUGUGAAGUGGAAUAAUUAAAAUCUGGUUAUUUAGCUUUUUAUGGAGAGGACUGAAGACACAAUAUUGACCUGCUCACUAUUUUCUCUCGUGUUGGACAUGUGGGCAGGGCUUACUUCAACCAGGUGGCAAUAUAUCUUGAGACUUAUUUUAUAAGAAGAAAAAAAUUAGAAAACUCUCUUUUAUAUAUAUAAAUAUAUAGAUAUAUUAUUUAAUUUUAUUUUUGAAAAUAAAACUUGAAGCAACAGUAAUUACUAGAUAAACAUGUUUUGUUCUGCACAUCACGUGGGAUGAUAUGAUCAUGCAAAAAGUCAUUUGCAGUUGCUUUUGCCCUGGCGGAAUAUAUUCUACCAUCUUUCUUUUGGAGGAUUACGUUUUAUGUACAUUAAUAUAGAUGUAAACAUACUGAGUCUCUGUACAAAACUGAUGGCAAAUGAACAAAUUGUUUCAUCAUUUCUGCGCCUUGAAAAGACUGGAACUAUUUAAACUUUUGUUUCGUAUUCGGAUGGAAAUUUGACCACUUCCUGUUUCUUGUUCAUUUUUGGUGCUUGUUGAGGAAAAAGCAAAAAAAAUGUUGCUACACUUUUAUUAGUUUCUUUUUUUAAAUUAUUUUGGUGGUCUGAUUGUUUUUUUUUGCCAAUAAAUUAAUUGUACAAUAAAGUAUGUUUGUACCAUUUGGGAAAAAUACCACAUUUGUGCCUCUUUUUAUUUUU